AUGGAUAGCAAGUUUGCGGAAAAGAAAAAUGACCCCAGAGCCUUCACUAUCCCUUGCACCAUUGGUGCUCAUGAGUUUGCAAAAGCUCUUUGUGACCUUGGUACAAGCAUCAACCUAAUCCCAUAUGUCAUAUAUAAGAAACAUGGUUUGUACACUACUACACCAACCUCAAUGCAACCUUUGAUGGCGGACCGGUCCAUCAAAAGGCCAAUAGGUGUAUUGUUUGAUGUCCUUGUGAAGGUGGAAAAAUUUAUUCUCCCUGUGGAUUUUGUUGAAUUGGAUUAUGAGAUGGACCAAGAGGUGUUUAUCAUUCUUGGUUGUCCUUUCUUGGCCACUGGGAGAGGCAUUGUUGAUCUAGAUAUGGGGGAAAUAAAAUUUCAGGUGCAAGAAGAAAAGGUAUCAUUCAAAAUUUGCAAGGCAAAGAAGCAAACCACGGAGCUCCAAGUAGUAUACGUGGUAGAUGUUGAAAAUAAGAUAGUGCAAGAUGAGGGGUUUGAGGACCCUCUAUGA